AUAGAUACAUGCCCCGGUAAACAUUCGUGCCCGACUUGAUAAGUAAAAAAAAUCGAAUAAAAGUUAUCGAGAGUCAAGAUAUACAAGUUAAAUAAAGAACAAUAUGAAAGGAAUAACAGAUGUAACGUUUCUUCUUUUAAUUCUUAUAAAUGUGGACAUUCUGGAAGCUGCCAAAGCAAGAUUUGUUACAUGUGGCAGUGUUGUCAAAUUGCUUAAUUUUGAUUAUAAGAGUCGGUUACAUUCCCACGACGUCAAAUAUGGAACAGGAAGCGGACAACAAUCGGUGACUGGAAUUGAAAAUUCUGACGAUGUUAACUCACAUUGGGUAUUAAAAGGCGAGACAGGAAAAGUGUGCGAACGAGGAGAAGAGAUAAAAUGUGGAGAUAUCAUCAGAAUGCAGCACUUAUCGACUGGUAAGAACCUCCAUUCACACAUCUUCUCUAGUCCACUUAGUGGAAACCAAGAGAUCUCAGCUUAUGGUGAUGAGUCAGGGGAAGGUGACACCGGUGACCACUGGGAAGUCAUUUGUAAUGGAGAUUCAUGGUAUCGAGACACUAAAGGGCAAUUGCGGCAUAUUGAUACUCGAAAGUACCUUGCAAUGUCUGGCAGAACCUUUGGUAGACCAAUUUCUGGCCAAAUGGAAGUAUGCGGAAUACAAUCAGGCAAAUCAGGAAGUGAAUGGCAGGCAAUUGAAGGAAUAUUUAUUCAUCCAAACGAACCUCUUAGGCAAAAUAUUCACACUGAACUGUAGAACUUAACUUAAAGUAAAAGUGAUUUUGUGAACUAAA